AGCAGCGUGAUAUAACCAAUAACCAACAUGGCCAUGGGGACGUUAUCUAGAGUUGUCAGACUGAGUUCAUGCAUCGGCAGAAGUCGGCGGUUAAUAUUUAACAGCACACAGAGACGAGGAAUCGCUUCGUGUAUUGACCCUUCUCAUGGCCUCAGCGAUGAACAGAAGGAGUUUCAGAAGAUGGCCUUUGACUUCGCAGCCCAUGAAAUGUCUCCACACAUGGCCGAGUGGGAUGAAAAGGAAAUCUUCCCGGUGGAGACCAUGCGAAAGGCUGCCCAGCUGGGGUUUGGAGGGAUCUAUGUACAGCCGGAGGUGGGGGGAUCUGGCCUGUCUCGCCUGGACACCUCUGUCAUCUUUGAGGCGUUAUCGACAGGCUGUGUCAGCACCACAGCCUACAUCAGCAUUCAUAACAUGUGUAACUGGAUGAUUGACACCUUCGGCAACACCGAGCAGAGGGAGAAGUUCUGCCCUGAGCUUUGUACGAUGGACAAGUUUGCCUCUUAUUGUCUCACUGAACCAGGCAGUGGCAGUGAUGCUGCUUCGUUACUCACUACUGCAAAGUUGGAAGGAGACCAUUAUAUCCUCAAUGGUUCCAAGGCCUUCAUCAGUGGAGGAGGAGACACAGACGUGUACAUAGUAAUGUGUCGGACGGGAGGGAAAGGUCCCAAGGGGAUCUCCUGUGUGGUGGUGGAGAAAGACACUCCAGGACUCAGCUUUGGCAAGAAGGAGAAGAAGGUGGGAUGGAACUCUCAGCCAACUAGAGCAGUGAUCUUAGAGGACUGCCACAUCCCAGUGACCAAUCGGCUGGGUCAGGAGGGACAGGGCUUCAACAUUGCUAUGAGAGGCCUGAACGGAGGCAGGAUCAAUAUUGCCUCUUGUUCUCUUGGGGCGGCCCAUGCAUGUGUACAGCUGGCGAGAGAUCACCUGCUAGUACGCAAGCAGUUUGGAGAGGCUCUCUCUAACAACCAGUUCCUGCAGUUUAAGUUGGCAGAGAUGGCAACCAAGCUAGUGGCAUCACGUCUGUUGCUACGCGAGGCUGCCGUGGCACUGCAGGAGAGCAGGUCUGACGCUGUGUCCCUCUGCUCCAUGGCCAAACUCUUUGUCACUGACGAGUGCUUCAACCUACUCAGAUGUAGCUGGACAGCUCUCACACACAGGUAUCUCUGCAAUCAACAGAUCUGUAACCAGGCACUCCAGAUGCAUGGUGGAUACGGUUACCUCAAAGACUACGCUGUUCAACAGUUUGUCCGGGACAUUCGAGUACACCAGAUACUGGAGGGAACAAAUGAAGUGAUGCGGAUGAUAAUUGCCAGAAGUUUACUGUCAGAGUCUGGAUAAAUGUAAUGCCAUGGGCCAUCCAAAAUGGACUUUCUCCUGUCUUGAAGGGAUGGUGGUGGCAGCCAUCAUGUGGCGUUUGACUGUGACUGGAUCCCUCAAGUGUCUUUUAAAGGGGGAAAAUACUAUAGCAGUUUUGUUUGAGAUUGCAAACAGGACAGGAGGACCUAAUGACAGCAUGGAAUUAAAUAAUGUUAGGUGAUUUAAAUAAGUUACUCAUUGAGAGAUACAGUAUGGAAGUGGAACCACGUUAGAAAUGUAAUAUUUCUCCAUGCUUUAUUUUGUGGUUUUUGGUUGUCUUGCAAUAAAAACAAUGCAUCUAUAUAUAUUUUUACCUUCACCUAAGAACUAAUUCUUAUUUUCAAUGACAGAGGUUUAACUGCCUGUUCAGGGGCAGAACGACAGAUUUUUACCAAGACAGCUUGGGGAUUUGAACUUGCAACCUUUCGGUUACUAGUCCAACACUAACCACCAGGCUACCCUUGCCGCCCCAGAUGUAUCAGAUGGUUAGUUUGAUAUCGUGGCCUUUCAUGUGUAUUCAGUUAUGAUAAUAUUUGAAACAGGAGCAAGUUUGGUUCUCAUGAUAAUUCCAGUUUAAUCCUAAAACAACUGUCUAGGCGGGUUGGAUAACUGUGAAGUUUCAUGUAUGGUGUGUGUACUAUAAUAUUUGGUCAUUUACACUCAAUAAAACUGACAGCACUAGAUAAGUUUAAAUGUGAAUGUUCUCAGCUGUGGUACUACAUUAAACAUGGUUCUGAAUGGUUUAUCGUAAAGUGUUAAAA